UCUUCUCUAUCUACUCGCAUUUCUGGAUCGUGGAAACAUAGGUUAGUUCUCGACCUCGUGCGUAGGUGCACCUUGUUCAUUGUACACUAGGAAACGCAAAAAUACUAGGUAUUCUCUGGGACGUGUCAAGUGUGCCAGUACUCAUGAAGGUUUUAGGAAUGGUUGAGGAUGCAAACUUGACAGGCCUCCGCUACAAUAUCUUAUCUGCAGUCUUUUUCAUUCCAUACUGUUUGGGAGAGGUUCCUUCCAAUAUCAUGUUGAAGGUUGUUCGCCCAUCGAGAUGGCUAAGUGGUGCUGCCGUAGCCUGGGGGACAAUCGUGACUCUGAUGUGCCUCUGUGAUUCAUUCAAAAGCCUCUUAAUCACACGUCUGUUCGUGGGACUGACGGAGAGCGCAUUAUCUCCUGGGAUUCUCUUCUAUCUUUCGACGUGGUAUCCUCGCCGAUAUCUUGCUUGGCGGGUCGGACUUUAUGUGAGCGCAACUGUUAUUGCAGGGGCGUUUAGCGGGCUCUUGGCAUAUGGGAUCGAGCGUAUGGACAACUUGGGUGGGCUUCAUGGCUGGCAAUGGAUUUUUGGCCUUGAAGGAAUCGUCACUGUACUUGUUGGUCUUGUUUCUCUGUUCUUCAUACAUGAUAGUGUUCAAAGCGCCAAAUUUAUAACUAUGUCCGAGAAAGACUACCUUCAGCGCGCAAUCGCCCGCGACUCCUCUGAGCUUUCGGUUCAUUUGGACAAGAAGUUCAUCUGGCAAGCUUUCAAAGACUAUCGAACAUAUCUUCAUAGUCUAUGCUUCCUCGGGAUAAUGAUACCACUCUACUCCCUCGCACUGUUCCUCCCAACCCUAAUCAAUGAAUUAGGAUAUCGCGCUAUAGAUGCGCAGCUAUUUACAGUCCCGCCAUAUGCGCUUGCCUGCGUAUGCACUCUCGUCAGUGCCUACCUCUCGGACAGACUGAAUUUGAGAGGUCCUUUUAUCAUCAUCACAGCUUUACUUGGCAUCGUAGGGUUUAUCAUGCUGUUAUGCAGUAACUCCUCUACUUUAAGCUACGUCGCAAUGUUUUUUGCCACGUCGGGCGUUUUCUCUGCAGACGCCGUGUUCUGUACCUGGUUCAGUACUGCUUACAGUGGCGAAACAAAGAGGGCGGUAGCAAUUGCAAUAAUUAAUGGAGCUGGCAACCUGGGAGGUGCACUGGCCUCUUUUGUGUAUAUCAGUCCGAAAAACUAUUAUAUCGGCUACAUCGUGAACAUUGGAUGUUUGGUUGCAACGUCAGUUCAAAAUUUCUCCUCGGUAUCAUUCUGUUGCUUAGGUCUAAUUGCUAGAAUCUUGCUUACUGGCUUCAUGAUGUGGGAAUUUAAACGAGAAAAUCAUCUCAAAGAGCAAGAAUGUGCUGGAAAAGAUAUCACCGUCGAGUUGAAGGCGGAAUGGAAGAACAUGGGAGAUCGAAGUCCCCUCUUUAGAUAUCCGCUGUAAAUGUUACCUGUAGAGUUUUAAAAUUAUCGAGUGCAAUAUUCAUCUGUUCCACGACCAUUAGAAUCAGGAACCAUGAGUGGCUUGUCUUCGUGCUCAUGAGGCAGCUCAAGGAUCAAGCUCA